UGGGCGACAACAGAGAAGUUGGUCGACUCGCUCACCAGGUUCAAACAAUAUCGAUAAUCGCCGUUUUUGUUUGAUGAGCGAAAAGAUUCCGAGAAUGAGUGAAUUCCGAUAGAGCAAAAUUGAAGUCACGUGGCAACACACGUGGGUAAAACAUCCCCAACCCAGUGGCCGAGACGGUCCGAGCUCCAGUGCGGCUUCCAGGCUCUUGGUGUGUCGGAGCUUCCAGCGAACCUCUCCAACCCCACGACACCGACCCGCGCAAUUGUCGCUCUCAGCCGCUCAAUUGCAGCCCACCAUGGCGUUAGAAUCCGGCGAGACACCACGGCGGGCGACCCGCGAGGAAAUGCGCGAUGCGAAGCUGCCCAUGCAAUACCGAGACAGCUGCGCCCACCUGCUGAUCCCCCUCAAUCGCUGCCGCUUCGAGACCUACUACAUGCCGUGGAAGUGCGAGGACGAGCGACACAGCUACGAAAAGUGCCAGUACGUCGAGUUCAAGAAGCGCGUCGCCAAGAUGGACGAGCUCAGGGAGGCCAAGGGCGGUGCGCGGAGCAACUGAGCAGGCGGGGAGAGGAGGUCUCGCCGUGUACAUAUCGAUGCGGGAGAACGGUGUUGGGGGCUGGCAUUGAUAGACGGCAAUGCAUUGCAUCAGACACUCACUUGCUCUCGUCCUCGAAUCCUUCUGUUGGAUGUGCAACUAACCCAUCCGCCGCGCCCCCGAGCAAGCAGCACCCGGCAUGACCAGCGACGGUGCAAUCGACUGCGGGCAGGACGAGGAAGGAUGCUACUUGGCGAACUCGGGUCGAGUCCCACGAGUCCCACGCGUGCGUUCGGCCACGGAGAUGUCUAGCCAGUUCGUCGGUACGCCAUCGGGAUUAUGCACGUCACCCGCAGCCAGAUUGGGGGAACGGAUAUGAAACCGGUUCGGGUUGGGGGUUCGCAUGGUAAGCACUCCGGAGUUCUAACAAGCGAAGUAUCGUGUUCA